AGCCCCUCGCCUCCCGAGGUCCCCACUGCUCCUCCUCCCUACCCGCCACAGCCAAGCCCGCCUUCGCCUUCGCCACCGUCACCCAGCCCGCCCUCGCCCAGCCCGCCACCUCCAUACCCGACUCCGCCUAGCCCCUCGCCUCCCGAGGUCCCCACUGCUCCUCCUCCCUACCCGCCACAGCCAAGCCCGCCCUCGCCUUCGCCACCGUCACCCAGCCCGCCCUCGCCCAGCCUGCCACCUCCAUACCCGGCUCCACCUAGCCCCUCGCCUCCCGAGGUCCCCACUGCUCCUCCUCCCUACCCGCCACAGCCAAGCCCGCCCUCGCCUUCGCCACCGUCACCCAGCCCACCCUCGCCCAGCCCGCCACCUCCAUACCCGGCUCCACCUAGCCCCUCGCCUCCCGAGGUCCCCACUGCUCCUCCUCCCUACCCGCCACAGCCAAGCC